AUUUCCAAUAUGGCGCCACACAUACUGUGGUAGUACGAGAGUUUGGAAAACAUUCGAAUUAUUGUUUGACAUCACCGGGUGCUGUAAUUAUAAGGGGGAUGGCUUUGCCACGGGGAUUUAUAUACUUUAAGCAAUUUCAGCGUGCUGCUAUUCCUAGAAAUGCAUACCUUAAUUCACAAGGCUGGAAUAGGAUAUCUGGAUUGUAUUUUCAUGAUGUUUCUACCGAAGGCCGCAGUGAGAGGUUACCCGGUCACAAAUUUUCGCGCCAUACUAGCACUAGCAGGCUGCAUCCCAUCUGCCACCUCUCACUGGGAUGGAAGUACUGCAGCACCAACACACGAUUAUUGGGUCUGCGCUACGACAGCAUCCAUCUCACGUCGCAUAGACUGUUUCGUUCAUCAGCGACCCUGUAUGAACACCACGAAUCCAAAUUAGAGAAGACUGUCAAGGUUUUAAAAGAGAAGCAAGAGGAGCAGGUGAAGAAGCAGUCACUAUCACCGCUAGUGCAAGAAGCUACCGUCACGGCGGUAGCUGCAAAAAAGUCACUCGGUCAGAGAAUCGUCGAUGAGAUUAAGCAUUAUUAUCACGGGUUUCGCUUACUCUUCAUCGACAUCAAGAUUUCGGCGCGACUCCUAUGGCAAGUGAUGAAUGGAUACACGUUAUCACGCAGGGAGCGAAAACAGUUCUUACGCACCGUGUCAGAUCUGUUUCGACUUGUGCCGUUCUUGGUCUUUGUGAUUGUACCAUUCAUGGAGUUCCUUUUGCCUGUUGCUGUUAAGCUCUUUCCUAACAUGCUUCCCAGCACAUUUCAAACUUAUGAUAAGAAGCAAGAGAACAUGAAACGGCAACUCAAGGUGAAAAUAGAGAUGGCAAAAUUCUUACAAGAUACGAUUGAAGAGAUGGGUCUAAGGAAGAUCAAGAAAUCGGCAGAUGCGAAGGGACACCUGACACAUGAAUUUUCAGAAUUUAUGAACAAGAUCCGGUCGGGUGGAGUGCUCGCGACCACGGAGGAGAUACGCAAAUACUCGAAGCUGUUUGAGAAUGAACUGACACUGGAUAACCUAACUCACAGCCAGCUAUCUGCCGUCUGCAAACUGCUGGACCUGAACCCUAUCGGCACGACUAACUUUCUCCAAUUCCAGCUGCUCAUGAAGCUACGAUCCUUGCGAGCGGAUGAUAAGAUGAUACAGAAGGAAGGUGUCGACGCGCUGAGCGUGACGGAGCUUCAGCAGGCGUGUCGCGCACGAGGCAUGCGCGCUCACGGCGCCUCGCAGCAGCGGCUCACCUCACAGCUCACUCAGUGGCUCGACCUGCACCUCAACAACAAGAUUCCCAUCUCACUGCUGCUGCUGUCGCGCGCUCUAUACCUGCCGGACGUGAUGUCAUCGGACGAACAGCUGAAGACGACGCUGUCACAACUGCCAGAGAGCAUCACAGAGGAAGCAAAGCUGCAUAUUAUUGAGGUUGAAGGAGAGACAGAUCACAAGGCCAAGUUGAAUCUGAUCAAGCAAGAGGAGGAGCGCAUCAAAUUAGAGAAGGCAGAAGAAAUAAAGGUUCAGAAGGUGCAGGAAGCCAUAGAGAAGGCGAAAAAGAUCAAAAAAGAAGAAUUGCAAGCACAGGCGGCCAUGCUCACUCAGGAGCCACCAGUAGAGGGAGCUGUGCCUACAGUGCAGGACGUCAUAGCAACAGCAGCUUCCUCUGUCAGCAAGGAGGAGUUGGUAGACACAGCACCGAUCGUGAAGGGCAUGCCUGGAGAGGAAAUACCUGCAGCUACGGAGGAGUUCACAGCCAAGGACAUUGAGAACAUUGAGGAAGUACUUGAAACUCUAGAGCAAACGAAACUAGUGGCUGCUAAAGAGGACCUGGCUGAGUUGAAGCAGAGCUCAAAGGAAUAUAAAGAGGACCUUGAAGAUCUGAAGGUGAUUGAGAUGACAAGUGGUGCAGAGGAGGUGUACCAAGAGACGACUGCCUCCAAGAGGCUUGGCAAGAGCGUUGCCCACCUUGUAGAAGAAAUCGACUCCAGUAUCACCAACAUGGAUAAGGAGAAAGCGGUCGUGGAGGAGAUCAUCACUGAUCAGCAGGACCAGAUUAAAGACGUAAAAGAGGAGAUGAUCUUAGAUAAGCAGACGCCGGUUUCUGAGCCGGCUGCAAUAAAAACUGAGGUUGUGCAAGAGAAAAUAGUGGAACAGGUUCAGGAGCAGAA